AGUGAAAGAAAAUAAUUACACAAUUAUAUUAGGAAGCGAAAUAUAUGUUAAAUUGCCAUAAUUCUAGUAUAUAAGCAGUUCAUUGUGCUUGUGUCUUCAUUAUCAAAAUUCCACAGUGCUUCAGAGCAAAUUAGCAAUAUUGUCUUUAUACUAAAAUGAAGUUUAUAAUCUGUCUUGCUGUUACUGCAAUUCUUGUAUGUGGAACGGUCAAUUCUAAUGAUAUACCUGCUAAACUCGCAGGAAAUAUUGAUGUGUAUGAUGUCUACAGUUCAGACGUCCGACUGGUAAUCCCGGCGAAUAAAGAUGAUUAUGUGAAAGAUAAUUAUCUAGUUUUAGUUCAAAAUCGAAAUACUUCCGUACUUACUCAAAUUCAUGAUGUUCAUUUCAUACAAGCAUUACAGUCUUUAGUUAUGUAUGUUUCUGGACUUAAUCCUGUUACUACAUAUAAAUUUAGAGUUGUUGAUAAAAGUAAAGGCAUCUUUUUUGAGAGUACAGAUGUCACAACAGUUGAACCUUUAGAUAAACCUGAUAAAGCUGAAGAAAAUACGUUUUAUAUUUCAUUUGAGGACACACAUGCUAUUGUCAUGUUGAAGGAGCACAUAAACUGGGUACAAUGUGGUUUAUGGUACGAAAUUUAUCUUAUAGAUCCAUCAAACAAUAACAGUGUUAUUCAAAAAGAGGAAAUAUUAUGCACAAUGAAUUCCAAAUAUUUUCGUAAUUUAAAGAAAGGAAAAACGUACAAAUUCAAAAUUGUGAUUUGUAAUGGAUACAAAUGUUCUGAUCCAAUGGUGACCAAAGAAUAUGUGUCAGGUAGUUCAAACCGAGCAAUCGAAGUAUUGAACGUCACAGAUACAUCGUGCACAAUCCAAUGGGAAAAGUUAACGAAUAAUUACAACGAUGAAGGUUACAUAAUACAUGUUGUUGAUCAGGGAAUUCGAAAUUUUGGACCUCGAUCUCUAAACUCAACUUUAUCUAAUAAACCUAUUACGAUUGAUAAUCUUCAUCCUGGAAACAUAUAUGCAAUUUCUGUAUCUGCACAAAAUUCAGAAAUGUCGCCUUUUGUAGAAGUGGAAUGCAACACAUUGCCAGUGAAAGCUGCACCUAGUACACCCCAUAGAAAUUCGUUUAUGAUUUCAUUUGAAGAUGGAAUUGCACAAGUGGUAUUAAAAGAUUCUUCACUUCAUGGGAACUGUGCUCAACGAUUCAAUAUUUAUGUGUUUAAGAAAACAGACCAUAGGUUUAUAGUAGCAGAAGGUCAUAUAGAAUGCUUCAACUACGAAGCUGGUCCUUUUUAUCUAGACCCAGGAACUUACUAUGUCACAAUUCGUGCGUGUAAUAGAGAAGGAUGUUCUGAAGAAUUAGUGAGCAGGGAAUAUGAAAUAGUCGAGAGUAAGGUAGCAGAACCUAUAGAUUAUAAAGUUGUAGACACCACUGACUCAUCAUGCACCAUCCUGUGGGUAGAACAAUCGAAUUUAUCAGAAAUGAGUAAUAGAACCAUUAGGAUCCCAGAAGUCUCUCCUGAGAAAUACUACGAAAUCAAUUUUAUUGUCAUUGGCACCGACAGCCACGAUCCUAAUUUCCACACUGCAAAAAAUGCAUGCAACGCUCAUCAUUCCCAAAUCACACCUGCUAAACCAGCAGAAGAUGUUUUUGAUAUUUCUAUCAAAAAUAAAAUAGCUACAAUCAAGUGGCAUGACAAUACUAAUAAAAAUUGUGAAGGAUGGUAUUCAGUUCGAUUAUGGGUGCCAUCACUCUUCAAUGGUAGGAGACGACAAGUUUAUCUAAAUUGUAAAGAUGAGUUUGCAAAUAUUGAAGAUGACUUUACAAAUAAUAAUUACAAUUUUGAAAUUAUGGCUUGUAAUGGAAAUGGAUGUUCUGAAGCAAUUACGCGUAAAAUUUACACGACAAACAAAUAAGAUCAUUAGAAUUAGUUAUUCGAAUGGAGGAUGGACGAACAAAUGAAUGACUCUACUCCCUGUCGUCAGCUAUCUAAAAGCGCCAUUUCUGUCCAUGUGGGAUUAAAAAAUAAUAAAAAUAAAAUAAUUUCUUAACCAGUACAAAAAGUGGUAAAACUGUAACAAAGUAGUGUCUUUUUUAAAUAAAGGUUUAACUUACUUUUUGUACAUAAGGAAGGACGAUAUAUGUCACUUUUGCGAAAAGUGUAGUUUUAGAUAUUUACAAAAUACAACAAUCUUAAUUUUAUCGCAGGACCUAAAGUGUUUCAGUAAAUUCAUUUUUCCUCUUUUAAAUAAUAUCAAUAGUACCAAAUAAUUGAUUUUUGAUUUGAUUAACAUUUCAUACAUAUGUUUAAGGUUGAGAAGGAAUUUGAAUUCUUAAGCUUCAUAAUAUUUGGUUUAUAUUCUUCUUUAACUAAAAUUAUACGUCAGUUCAAUUACGCGAAAGUAAACUUCUGGAGGAUGUUAAAGGACUGACUGUAUAUACUCUUCUGAAAGCGAAAAUUAACCUAUGACUUUCUGUACAUAAAUCUUUAGAAACGAUUUUCAUUGUUUUCACUAGAACAUAAGAUUCAUUAUAAAUGGAAUAGCUGCGGAUAAAACUCUUAUACCUACAUGUAAUUUUGUUUUAUUGAAGUAUAGUUCGAGAGGCACGCAUAAUAAAAAUCUCUUUCUGCAGAAGUCACUUCACAAGAAGAAUAAUUUAAUAUUAUGUUAGUACAUUCUAUGACAUAUAGACAAAAAGAACGAAGAUAUCAAUACUUCAUUUAUAAUGCACCCUUAUUAAGUUGAAACAUGUGUUACGAAAUAUACCAAAGAAAAAUUUUGAUUCGAAAGCGUUAA